AUGGCAACCAGAUUAGAUCGUCUGGUUUUACUAUUAGAUACUGGAUCAACACCUGCCAUUCGGUCAACUGCUGCUCAACAAUUAGGUGAAAUUCAAAAACAACACCCCAGUGAAUUACAUAAUCUUUUGUCAAGGGUUAUUGUUCAUUUAAGUAGUAAAGAAUGGGAUACACGUCUUGCAGCCGGUCAAGCAAUUGAAGCAAUUGCUAAAAAUGUUCCGCAUUGGAAUCCAAUUGAAAGCGAAAAUGAUGAUAAUAAUAAUAAAUCACAACCAUUAAAUGAUAACAAAUAUUCAUUUGAUAAUUUUGAUAUUUCGAAUGUGAUACAAAAUGGUAAAACUUUAUUAGGCUCUGCAGGAAAGGAAUAUGAUCUCGAUUUAAGUGAUUUGGAUCCUGCACAACGUUUAGCAUUCCAACAUAAAAAUCUUAAAGAAAGAUUAGGUUUGGGUGGUGAAUUCAUGGAUGUCGAUAUAUUUGAUGAUAUUGAUAUAAGUGGAGAAAUCAACAACCCAUCAUCAUCAUCAUCAAAAACAAAACAAUCAACAUCACAAAAAAUUGAAUUAAACAUUCAUUUACAACAGCAGCAGCAACAAGCGCAACCAAUUACGUUACCGGAUGAAAUAUUGCGUGUUGUAGAAGUUGUUGGACGAAAAAACAAUAAUUUCUCAUCAUCGUCAUCAUCAAAAAAUAAACCUUCUGCAAUAAAAGUAGAGGAUUCAAUAAAAUCCGAUAGCCAAUUUGAUUUUACACCACAACCUUGUUCUGGUAAAAUUGUAGUCGAAUCUAAAAAAGAUCCUUCUAUGUAUAAUUAUGAUGAUCAAUUAAAUGAAUGGCCAUUUGAAAAAGUCUGUGAAUCAUUAAGCCUGGCUUUAUUUGAUCCAUGUUGGGAAGUUAGACAUGGUGCUGGAAUUGGAUUAAGGGAGAUUCUUAAAGUUCAUGGAAAUGGUGCAGGCCGUAUAGCGGGAUUAACCCAACAAGAAAAUGAAAUACGUCAUAACAAAUGGUUAGACGAUGUAGCAAUCAGAUUAUUAUGUGUUUUUGCUCUUGAUAGGUUUGGUGAUUUUGUUUCAGAUCAGGUCGUUGCACCUGUACGUGAAACUUGUUCACAAACACUGGGAGCGCUUAUUCAAUACAUGACUUCUCAAAGUGUAGAAAAUGUAUACAAAAUAUUAAUGAGAAUGAUAUAUCAAAGAGAUUUUAUUGGUGAAAAGCUUUCAAUAUGGGAAGUGCGUCAUGCUGGAAUGUUGGGAUUAAAAUACGCUGUAGCUGUUAGAAGAGAUUUGGUUGAAAUGAUGUUAGAGGGUGCUGUUGAUGCUGUAGUCUUGGGCCUCAAGGAUAGUGAUGAUGAUGUUAGAGCUGUUGCUGCAUCUAUUUUGGUCCCUAUAGCCGAUUAUUUUGUUACUAAUUCUUCAAAUAAAAUACCGGAACUUGUAACUGUAUUAUGGGAUUGUUUAAAAGAUCUGAAAGAUGACUUGACUGCAUCAACAGCAAGUGUAAUGGAUUUAUUAGCAUCUACUUCAAAUAUAAAUCACUCUUUAUCAACCUUAAUUCCACGACUGUAUCCAUUCUUUCGUCACACAAUUACUUCAGUGCGUUCUGCAGUUCUAAAUACUCUUUUGACAUUUUUGAGUAUGGAUGAGGCGGAAGAAUGGGUUGACAAUCGUGUCAUGAGACUUGUAUUCCAAAAUAUGAUAGUCGAAGAAAAAAAGGAUAUUCUUGAUUUAUCGCUUGAAGUUUGGUCGAAAAUAUUAUCUCAUACAACAAAAUCAAGUCAAGAAAACAAAAUAAUUCAACUAACCUCUCAACAUAUAGCAACAUGGUUUGGAAUUGUUAUGACACCAUUGGGCACUCCAAUAGAUAAUAGAUUAUUUUUUAUAACUGAAGGAGUAAUACCUAUGGAAAUAACUCCUGCCUCUACUACAGCAUCUACGUCAUCGUCAUCAUCAACAAAUUCAAGAUUCCGUGGUCAAAAUCGAUCCCAAAACACUAAUGGUAAUAAUUCAGAUUCGAUCGGAUAUAAUAUUGAUGCUGGAAUGUUACAACAAGAUUUUGCUCUUGUUAGUGUAGAUACUGUGCUAAGAGGCAGAGUUAUUGCAUCUAAAGGUUUAGGAAUGUUAAUGAAUAAAAUUGUAUCACGUCUCUCAUCCUCGUGUGCUUCAAAUAAACAACUAUCUGCUAUCGUAGUCGAAGAAUGGGCAAGAUCAUUAAUAGAAAAUCACGGAAACAAUACCCUCGAUCUAGUCAACACAUCACCAUUUGCAUCCAACAUAUCCACUUUUAUGAUAUCCAUGCUUGAGUCCGACGCUCCAACUUUCUAUUCCGAACUUACUACAAUUUUACGUAGAAUACGCGGCGAAUGUCAAGCAUUGCUUAAUACAUUUGUUACAGUUGGAAAAGUCAAUUCUUCAAAUAUACCCGCUUUACCUACCUGUGUUCUUGGUGAAAUAGUAGUAGCCUCCCAACAAGAAAAUUCAACUCCUUUAUUUAAUAUUCAAAUGGCUACAGAAAUUGCCACUACUACUUAUGAUAAUUUGUCACUUCAAAUACUCGACAGUAAUCAACAGGAAGAAUAUCAAACUCAACUGCAAGAUCGGCAUAGACGUGUUUUGAAUUCCAUAAGUUCCUACGAGUCUACAAAACUAAAAAAUGAUACAAUUGUUUAUGCAGCAAUUGCUAGUGCUGUCGUGGCUUUACAAGCCCUACCACCUAAACUAAAUCCUAUUAUCAGAUCAAUUAUGAAUUCAAUAAAAAAGGAAGAAAACAUCGAACUACAACAAAGAUCAGCAGCUACAUUGGCUAAUCUUGUCUUCCUUUGUUCAUCGAAUCAAAGUGGUACUAGAAUUAAUCCAAACGAUAAGAUUGUAAAGAACCUUUGUACAUUCCUUUGUUCCGACACUACUGUAACACCCGAAUUUCAACAAAAUAAUAAUAAAAGGGAAGGCAUACUUUCUUUGCAAAAAGCAAAAGAAUCUGAUAAAAACACCACAUCAUCAACGUCGUCAUCUAAUGGAGAUUUUAAUUUAACUGAUGAUGAUAAAAUUAAAUCGCAGAAAUUGAUAAGACGUGGCGCUGAAACUGCAUUGAAAGAAUUUGCUUCACAGUUUGGAUCAAAGUUAUUUGAAAUAGUACCAAAAUUAUGGCAUUGCAUGCAUAAUAGUUUAAAUAGCGUAUUAAAUAAUGAUGAUGAUGAAACAAUUGAUGCAAUGAUUUCACAAAAUGUUGGAAAAGAUAUAAUCGAUUCUCUUCAAUUAAUUCAAUCAUUAGUCCCAGCAAUUAGUGAAUCGUUACAUAAUAAGAUAACGGAAUUACUUCCUUUUAUUAUUAAAACUGCCAAAUGUCAAUAUCAAGUAAUACGUUCAAUGGCAGCGAGAUGUUUUGCUUCAAUUGCAAAUGUAAUUACAAUGCCAUGUAUGAAGUUAAUAAUUGAUCAAGUAAUGCCUUUAUUAGGAGAUUCUAAAAAUUUGAUUUAUAGACAAGGAGCCGUUGAACUUGUUUAUCAUGUUGUUCAAACUAUGGAUGCAAAAAUACUUCCUUAUGUUAUUUUUUUGAUUGUUCCAAUAUUGGGUAGAAUGAGUGACGCUGAUGAAAAUAUUCGUCUUGUGAGUACCAAUACUUUUGCAAUGUUGAUCAAAUUAGUACCAUUAGAAGCUGGUAUACCUGACCCCCCAGGACUAUCUAAAGAAUUUUUACAAUAUCGUGAGCAUGAACGUAAAUUUCUUGGACAGCUUCUUGAUAGCAAUAAAUUGGAUCCUUAUGAAAUUCCGGUAAAAAUAAAAGCAGAAUUAAGGAAAUAUCAACAAGAAGGUGUCAAUUGGCUGGCUUUCCUAAACAGAUAUCAAUUACAUGGUAUAUUAUGUGAUGAUAUGGGAUUAGGAAAAACUUUACAAUCUAUUUGUAUAUUGGCUAGUGAUCACUAUGCCCGUCUUCAAAAACAUAACGCCACAGAAUCUUUAGAUUGUCCUUCAUUGGUAGUUUGUCCUCCAACAUUAACAGGUCAUUGGUAUCACGAGAUCAUAAAUUACACUGAUGAUUUGAAACCAUUAACUUACACUGGUAACCCUAAAGAUCGCGAAAGAUUAAGACCAAAAAUCUUUUGUCACGAUGUAGUGAUCAUGUCCUAUGAUAUUUUGCGUAAUGAUCUUGAUGAAUUAUCACAAAUAGAUUGGAAUUAUUGUAUUUUAGAUGAAGGACAUGUGAUCAAAAAUGGAAAGACAAAAAUAACUAAAGCAGUUAAAACCAUAAAAGCAAAUCAUCGAUUAAUUUUAUCUGGUACUCCAAUUCAGAAUAAUGUAUUAGAAUUAUGGUCACUUUUUGAUUUUUUGAUGCCAGGUUUUUUGGGAACUGAAAAACAAUUUAAUGAUAGAUUUGGUAAACCUAUUUUAUCAAGUAGAGAUAGCAAAAGCUCAUCGAAAGAGCAAGAAGCCGGUGCUCUUGCAUUAGAAGCUCUACACAAACAAGUAUUGCCAUUUUUAUUACGUCGUCUUAAAGAAGAUGUAUUGAAUGAUCUACCACCCAAGAUCAUUCAAGAUUAUUAUUGUGAACUCAGCGAUCUACAGAAACAACUUUACGAAGAAUUUGCUAAAUCACAAACAAAAGGUCCUACGGAUACGAACAUGGAAGAUGCUAAUGAAGAAGGCGUCGGUGUAAAGAAGACUACACAUAUAUUUCAAGCUUUGCAAUACCUUCGUAAAUUGUGUAAUCAUCCUUUAUUGGUUAUGAAUGAAAAACAUCCUCAAUACAAUAAAGUUAUGGAUCGUUUGAAAAAUACUCGAUCAUCCUUACGUGAUUUAGAAAACGCGCCCAAGCUUCUUGCGUUAAAACAACUUUUGCUUGAUUGCGGUAUUGGAGUUAAUAAUGAUACCGAAGAGAAUACACUCGGAGCUGGUGCAGUUAGCCAACAUCGUGCAUUAAUAUUUUGUCAAUUGAAAACUAUGUUAGAUAUUAUUGAAAAUGAUCUUUUCAAACCGUUAAUGCCAUCAGUAACAUUCAUGCGGCUUGAUGGUUCCAUUGAUACUAACAAACGCCAUGCGAUCGUACAACAAUUCAACAAAGAUCCGUCAAUUGACGUAUUGUUGUUAACUACACACGUAGGUGGACUUGGUCUUAAUCUUACAGGUGCAGAUACUGUUAUCUUUGUUGAACAUGAUUGGAAUCCAAUGAAAGAUUUACAAGCUAUGGAUCGUGCACAUCGUAUUGGACAAAAGAAAGUAGUGAAUGUUUAUCGUUUAAUUACAAAAGGAACAUUAGAAGAAAAGAUCAUGGGAUUACAAAAGUUCAAAUUAAAUAUCGCAAAUUCUGUUGUAAACCAACAAAACUCUGGUUUACAAAGCAUGGACACUGAUCAAAUACUUGAUUUAUUCAAUGUAACAUUAGAUAAUCGAAAAGGUGGUUCUAGUGGUGGCGAUGGUGGUAGCAGCAGUAGUGAUAUAGUUUCAAAGCAUAAAAAAUUAUCUACAAAGAACAUUUUAGAAGGGUUAGACAAUUUGUGGGACGAUUCUCAAUAUGAAGAUCUUAAUUUGGAUAAUUUCAUAGAAUCACUUGUUCUUUAG